AUGCCUAAUCAACUCGAAUCAUUUCAGAUCCUUCUCAAUGCCGAACAGUACUGGGCCUCGAUGUUCGACGCGCGGGUCGCAGUCCCUGCCCAAAUUUCUGCGCAAUCGAAUAUGGACGAACUAAACAAGUCCCGUCAACUUAUGGACGAAGAACUCGCCGCUAUGAAUCUCGUAAUGUGCCGAGCUCGUAUCCGUCGUAACGCACUUACGACAUCCUGCAGAGUGCCACCAGAGAUCCUAGCAUUGUGCUUUCUCCAUCUUGCGUCUCGAGAUAUCCCCUACAGGGCCCCCAAACAGAUAUCAGCGAUGUCUUCGGCCACCAAAGCAAACAUCGCAUGGAUCAAAGUGCUACAGGUAUGCACGCACUGGCGGCAAGUAGCUCUCAGUCAGCCCAGUCUAUGGACGAGGAUUGCUUUUUGCCUCGGCCCUCGAUGGGCGGACGAGAUGGCUUCAAACGCAAAGGCAGCCCCGCUGAUUAUCGAGGAGAUGACUGGCAAUUCUACGCCACAGACGGUUCAAUGCAUCGACAAGAUCAUCGGGGAUCAUAUCUCUCACAUCAAGCGGAUCGCGCUUGUGAACGGCACUACCUCAUUGACUGGCGUCGUCAACAGGGAGACCGCCGCACCCCUACUGGAGUCUCUUGACCUCAACGCGUUAUCUUACAAACGCGAGCAUCUGAAUGACAUGCGUCGUUGCGCACUCUCAAAUAUUUUUGGACGCCAAACCCCUCGUUUGCGUCGGAUAUGUCUGACGAAUAUUCAAAUACUUCCACCCACAUUCUGUGUCCUGAAAACCGUCACGGAGCUCUCCAUAUCGUUUCCCCGUCGCGGUUCGCUCUCCUCCGACACCUUACCUUCGACACAGAGUUUUCUCGACAUGCUCAAGGCAGCGCCUUCUCUGGAAUUCCUCAACCUCAUCCACGUUCUUCCACAUAUCCAUGAUGAAGACACAAUCCCAUCAAAAGUGCCUUCGGUGCACCUGUCUCAUCUCGUAGAGAUGUGCAUUCAAGGUCCUCCUCUGGAUUGUGUCGCCGUAUUACGACAAGUGACGAUCCCAAGGACAAGCCGGCUAGACGUGACGUGCACACGACACCUAUGGGUCAACUUCGAAGACAUCCUUUUCCCCAUCAUCACUGCUCAUACUCAAGGAGACGGCGCCCCUCCCAUCCGUACGCUCGCGAUUUCCAGAGACCGCAUGGGGCGAAAUUUUGAGCUAGAGAUCAUAGCCUGGGCCAUCGAACGCACUCAAGUUGAAGGCGUUCUUGAGAAGCCAGUGUUCCACCACUAUGACGCACCUACGCUGUCCUUGCGUCUGGAAGAUGUUGGCCGCUCAGAGCCUUCCCUUGCGUCGAUAUGUAACCUUUUCGAUCUCAGUGGGCUCUGUACACUGAGCGCCCAGGAAGAACGGUACCUCCGUGAUUAUGAUGAGCCAAAGUGGUCCGACAUCCUCUGGCCACUCAAGAAACUCAAGUAUGUUCUGGUAUCAGGUCUCUCCGCUGCCCCGUUCUGUCGCGCACUUGGCCAACCCGUCAGUAGUCGUGGACGUAUCACGGAAGAGCAAUAUGAACUAAUGAAGGGUACCGAAGACCAUAUCCCCGCAGAAGACGUCCUACUUCCCCAGCUUUUCUCCAUCGACUUCUAUGAUGUGGACUUUGGAACGGUCUAUGGGUACGACACGACCCUCAAACCACUUAUCACGGACCUCCCUAUAAUCUUCAAUUGGCGGAAGGCUGUCGUCGGACGGCCCGUCCAGCGCCUGGAGAUUGAGUCGUGUACGAUUAAAGCGGAAUGGGUGGACAAAUUGAGGGAGGUGGUGUCACAUGUCGAGUGGGACAGAGUUGAAGGCAGAGAGGACGAUGAUGAUGAAUAUGGAGACGAAGAGGAGGAAGAAGUGGACUCGGACGAGCUAAAUAUUUGA